AUGGGGCCACCAGGUCCGUCUCACCGGCUAGGGGACAAAAAACCGUACCAUUCGGGCCCAAGGUAUGCGUCUUAUCGUCGUCCAUCACCCGCGAUGGGCAGUGCUUCAAACUCCACACAUAGUCCAGUUGCUGAACCUCACACUGCAGCAGCUGCGACCAAUUUAGAGCAUACUUCGGCACCCGUUUCGAAACCCAGACCUUCUAGGUACAACCCUAGCGUCUCAAGCCGACCAUACUCAUCAUCGUACAGCAGCAGCGUCAGCAAUAAUGGAAAUCCACGCUCUGGCAGCCGCUAUAGCUCUGAUUUUAGUCCUUUGUAUCAAAAUCACGCACGAGGCUCUAGCUCCCACGAUUCAAGGCGAUUUUCAACUGGAUUUCCAAAUUAUCAGCACCAGAAUCCUUCAUCAACUUCCGUUAGUCGUUACAACUCCAGCCAUUACCAAACACAACCUGCUCACAAACAAAGCUAUCACAAUUACUAUACGCCAGCGCCAUUCAGUCGACCCCGACCCUCAUCUGUAUCUGAUGGCAACGAAAUUGUCAGCCAUGGAUAUUCAGCACGGGGAUCUACAAAAUGGCGGGAUUCAUAUCCUUCCGACUACCGUGAAGAACACCUUUCAAGUUCUCCAGCCCAAAGUGCACCACACCCUUUCGACAAGGCUCAGUCCCAUGGCUCCAGUCGAUACGAAAAUAAUCUGCAACCGUACUCCCAUCGAUAUACUCCGUACAAGAAUGAGCGAGAUACCGACUCAACAAAUAAGCCGCCUUCGAUAUCGUAUGAAAACGAACACUCGCUAGGGUCAAGUCUAAUUAAUUCUGUUCCCCAAACUACUCGUGAGACAGAAGCAAUGGUUACAACUGCUCAUGGGCGAAUUGAUCUUGAGAAACAAAAGAAGGUAGAACAUAAGCUCGAAGAUGAGGAUGGGAUAUGUGGCCUCAAACCUGCUGGCAUUUCCGAGUACGAUUUGGAUUCAAGAAGGGAAAAAGUGACACUUGAAAAGCCUGCCAAUGGCCCAGUUGGUGUUGUAGAGCACGAUAAAGCAGAGAUUGAGCCGCCAUCCCCAAUCACACAACCAUUAAAGAGGGAUCCUUCGCUCCUUCAGGACAGUGAACCGAAGAUUUCGAUUUCAGCUGCAAGCUUAUCGCCUCCGAAACAGAGUGAAGAAACUUUUUCAGUCACGGCUGCUAGCCUAUCGUCUACAGGACAGAAUGAAGAGGAAAAACUACCAUCAACUGCUUUUCUGCCGUCAACUGAUGUAAAAAAUAAACCAAAGGAAGAGACUGGUUUGGCGCGAAAUGCUCCUGGCUGUAUCUUUCCCAUGAACGAGAUUCAAGACAAAUUGUGGAAAAUAAAAAAUCACAAGGUGAAUACUUCAGUUCGUGCUCAAAAGUAUCGAUUCAAAAAACCGAUUGUUUCCUUGCAAGAGUACCCUUUCAUAUCCCAGAAUAUUGUCGUACAUGAGCAGGCAGUCAAGCCAGCGCUACUCGAGGUCCUUGGUAGGUUCAAACGUCAAGAAACUCUAAAGCGCCUUCAGCUGAAAAAGACUUUUUUAGAUCUGGAUCACAAGUGGUCGAAGACAUGCCGAGACCUGGAAGACCUAAGCAAAGAGAUCAAAGAAGAAGAAAGUGAAAGCUCCGUCCCUGCUGACCAGUCGAAUGAAAUUCAAGAGUACAAUAAUGUCGAGGAGAGAAAUCAACAGAAGCGUGCUGUGAGUAGGCGACGCAAUCGUGGAGAUUUUGUUGAUGACAACGAAAUGGAAAAUGUUCUUUUACAAAUCGAUCCUGAUUACAAACACCAUCAGCUCGCGGCUGCAAUUCCCUCAAUGAUCCUCGAUCCCGUUCAAAAGAGAGUUAUCAAGUUCAAAGAUGUCAAUAAUCUUGUUACAAACAAAGACGAAUGGGCAGCAAGGGUGAACAAAGACGCUGUCGAUAAUUUUACAAACGAGGAGCAUGAGCUAUUUGUGGAAGCGUACUUAACUUACCCGAAGAGAUUUGGAAAAAUUUCGCAGAACAUGGGAGGUCUUCGGCAGCCCGAAGAAUGUGUUUUGCAUUAUUAUAGAACUAAGAAGGAAACCAAUUACAAGCAGCUUCUUAUUGAUAGGAACAAAAAGCGUAAAGUUAAUGCUGGUCGCAGGCGUAAGGAAAAAGAGAAGGAGCGCGAUACAAUUAGAACCGAUAACAAUGGAAAUAUUCUCACUGAUUCUAAUGGUUACAAUGAAUCUGAAAAGGAUAAGACUAUCGACGAAACUGAAGACGAUGAGGUGAGCCAACCCAUGAAACACAGACAGGUAGAUGAAGAUGCUGAAGCAGAGGAAUCUACCUCACAAACGCCAACUUCCGCGGUUAUUGCUGCUGUUAAUGGAGUAGAUACAACGACUGUCGAUUUGCGAAACGAAAAGGAGGAAGAAACUGAGGCCGAAACGGAUAGUGCAGUGGACACAAUAACUGCAGCAGUAUCUAAAAAGAAGGGUGGAAUCGAGAGUCAAGAAGAAUCUAUCUCUGAUGUGAAGGCGAUGGAUAACUCCGCCAAGCGGAAAAUAGAGGACUUGGAUGAGGUAGAUAAUGAUCUUACAGAUCUCAACCCAAUCGCGUCUGCAGCUGUCUUUGAAUCGAAAGAGCAUGGUGUUAUCGAGGAAUCAUCAUCUUCCAAGAACGAAGACCACGAGAAGGCUCAACAAUCUAAGAAAAGAGCGAGAAGUAGUGAUGGUUUUCACAAGUCAAGUUAUUGGAGUGUCAAGGAGACUAACAUGUUUCCUGGGCUGCUCAAAGAGUUUGGCACUCAGUGGGCUUUGAUUUCUGAAAAAUUGGGGACCAAAUCCACCACUAUGGUUCGCAACUACUUCCAGCGAAAUGCAGAACAGAUGGGUUGGCAGUCUCUUGCUGAAGGACCUAACGCGAUCCAGAACUCUGGUAGGGAAGAAGAAUCGCAGGACGGUGCGACUGUCCCCGAGAGACACCAAAACGGUAUGCCAUCCCAGCAGACGCCAUCUGUCUCCAUUUUCAAUCAGUCCAGCAGGGAUGCGUCCACACCAAUGCAAAUACCGAUGCUAACGACCAUGGAUACGUUUUCUCAACAAUCGACGCCGCAUGGCUUACCACCACCCAGAUUGCCUUCCAUUCAACUUCACACCCAACAUUCCGGCGCUGAUGCAAGAAAGAAUUUGACAGGACCCGCAGUUGCAGAUUCAUGUACCACUCCUUCUGUUCACUUUGCGCCUUCGCCAUCAUUGCCUACAUCUGGUGUUCACAGCAACAAUCAUUCUUCUGGCCCAUCAUCUUCAACAUCUUCUCAACAGGGGGCCGGAAGCAGAAGAUCUUCCAUUAAAAGUCUGCUCAAUAACGAAACUUCAGAUGUUCAACAAUCUCACCAACCACUUCUUAAUUCUGUUGAGCUGCCUUCGGUCAACACUUCGAACACUAAGAUUAUCGUUCAAGAAUUGCCACCUGCAAAUGACGUGCCUAUGGUUCAGGACCCGACUCAAUCUUGCAGAAAUCCAGGGUCGAUAUCGUCGAUACUGAACAGCGCUCCACCACCUCAGAUCGAAGCUACUCAAGGGUUUCAAGGUAUCCAAGGUCUUCAGGGUCUUCAGGGUCUUCAAGGCCUUCAAGGUCCUCAAGGGCCACCAAGGGUAGCAAUCAGCCAAUUUCCUAAACCGGCGCUGGAUUUGCACUCUGGAAUGAAACCAAUUUUGCCUCCUGUGCCUAUGCACUCUCCACAUGGCCUUGGACCAAUGACCCCGUCUUCGAGAGAACUCUUCACCAAAAGAGGGCCGGAGUUUAACUUUGCCAGCGACCCACUUGCUGCACUUGCUGCCGUGGCUUCAGCUCCGGAAGUCCUGACUUCCUUCAUACCGCCGGACGGUAGAGGUAGCCAACAUUCCCCAUCUGGCUGA